GAGCACAGAUAGGAUCUAACUGUGUUGCUCAAGAACAACCUAGAAAGGUUAAAUCACGUUAGAUGGUACCACAGUCUCAUCAAACUCUUACCUUGCUUCAAUUUGUGACCUCAGUUUAGGACUGUACAUCCAACUGUUGCACUCUGCUGCUGCCAUCUGCUGCGUUGUGGCCUUUCCCCCAGUUACUGGGCUUUCAAACCUUCAAUCCUUGCUCUCUUUCACCUUCCUACCUCAACAACCCCUGGAGAACUGAGUGAUGGGGAGAAAUGGACUGAAAAGUAGGGCAGCUUCUCGGUAGAUUUGGGAGGACUUUUUCAUCAGCAUGAGACUAAUUCAUUUAGCAGAGCCACUCAUCCAGAGAGGCUCUUAGAUUGCUCCAGCAGUUAUGGGUAAAACUCUUAAGUCGCGGCAGCAGCGGAGGUGGAAAUUGGCUUAUUAGAUUGAAAUGGUACAAUUUUCGCAGAGUAUCUCAUCAGGAAAAUGUCCGAUGUCAAAUUUAACUUUGGUCUCUAGUAAGUUUAAAACAUCUGGCUUGUGUUAUCAGCGUCAUUCGAGCUGCUCUCAUGAAUCUGGAGUCAUCCUGCCAAGAGCCAUCGUGUUUUUUAACACAAAGUGUACGCCUAUCAUUCCAGCUGUGUGAAACAAAUUUGGCUCGAUGCUCAUUUGAUGCAUUAGUGUGAAAAUGGAAGUUUUGUUGAUGCUCGUUCCAAACACUUCCACCCUCGUCGAGGCCUGGUUUUGUUUCAGGCCUUAACAGUGACUCAUCAAUAGUUGCCAGGUCACUGUUUCAUAUGCUCAUCCCCUAAAUAUGAUAUCACAACAUCUUGAAGCAAUUCACUUAGACCUCUAUUUGCUCCCUAAUGCUACAGAGGAGAACAUGGAACAUUUGGUAAAAGCUCAGAGGAGCCAGCUUAGUUCCAGUGCUUAAUAAAGAGCAUGUUGCCUAAGCUUUCUGGUUGAACAGACAGUUCUUUGUGUUCCUCGUUUGAAAACUAAAAAGACUGGGGAACAUGAGCAACCUACACACUGGCCUGUCCCAUACUUCCUCUUUAAGAAGGAAGAUAUUAUUGAACUCUUUCUUUUGUGUGACAAACAGGUUUGACAAAAACUCGGCUUAUGUGUGAAACUAAUUGUUCUGUCAAGAGAUAUUUGCAUGGUCUCUGGGAGGAGAGGGGAUUGCGAUCGGGUGCAAGGCUCCUCAGGCUACGUAAGGCCAGUGAAUCCAUAUGCAAGUAGCUCGCUCAUCGGAGUCCUGGACAGAGCAGAGGUAGGACACGACAAAGUGUGCUUUUUUCUCUGCAGAGAAUGAGUCCUGUGUUCAAGAAGGACAGAUGCCAGAGAGGGGGGGGGAGAAUGGGACAAGGACAGAGGCUGAAAUACUGCAGGCACGCUUGUGGAAAUAAGCAUGGCAUUCUCCAGCCACACAGUAUUGAUAAAUAAGAUCGGAGCACUGAAGGCAGUUUACUGAACCUUCCUGGUUCGAUGAGGCGGGGUUCUUCAGAGAACAACCUGGAUCUGGACCUCAGUGAUACAAGUCCUGGUCCCGCUCUCGGUUUCGAGAUCCAGCGCAGUCGUUCCUGCUUGGACAACCUCCAGCAAAAGAUACUGAAAGUCACAGAGCAGCUGAAGAUUGAGCAAACGGCGAGAGACGAGAAUGUAGCCGAGUAUUUGAAGCUGGUGAACAGUGCGGAGAAGCAGCAGUUGGGGCGCAUCAAGCAGGUGUUUGAGAAGAAGAACCAGAAAUCGGCUCAAAACAUCGCUCAGAUGCAAAAGAAGCUGGAGCAGUAUCAUCGAAAGAUGAAGGACAGUGAAAUCCAUCACAGCCCAUCCCCUCAUCCGUCCGCUGUCAAGCACAGCACCAUCCCCAGGGAGUCGCCCAGAGAGCUGCUGAGGGAUAUGACGGGCAGUGGCCGACACCCGACCAUGGACAAGAUCAAGACCAUCGGACCAGGCGUUUCUCUCUCUCCUCCUUUCUUCUUCAGCAAACCCAGAGAGUUCGCCAACCUCAUCAGGAACAAGUUUGGCAGCGCUGACAACAUCGCCCACCUCAAGACCAGUCUUGAUGCUUCCUCUCCGUUACCCACUGACAGUGCAGGGAAGGGGCUGAGCAGCAGCACUUCUAUGGUCAGCAAGCCCAAGUACCCCAGUGAUGACGAGUGCUCCUCGGAGAGCGCUUCUAUUUCAGCAGACAGUAACGGACACCCUGCGGCAGGAGGGGUGUCAGCGGGGCAGGCACACGGUCAGGGGCAGCCAGCAGGUGGCGACAGUCAGAGCAGACUGGCCCUGAGCCUGGAGGAGGUGAGGGAGGUUAAAGAAGCUCAGAGCCAGUUCGAGGAUGACAUGGAUGAGCUGAAGGCUCAGUUCAAGAGAGAGUAUGGCAUCCUCAGCCAAACACUGCAGGAAGAGAGAUACAGGUAUGAACAUUUGGAAGACCAACUGAACGACCUGACGGAGCUUCACCAAAAUGAAAUGGCGAAUUUGAAGCAGGAACUGGCCAGCAUUGAGGAGCGGGUGGCCUACCAGGCACACGAGAGGGCCAGGGACAUACAGGAAGCCCUCGAGUCGUGUCAGACGCGAGUGUCCAAGCUGGAGCUCCAGCAGCAGCAGCAGCAGCAGACGGUCCAGCUCGAGAGCCACGACGCCCGGGUUCUGCUGGGGAAGAGCAUCAACAUCAUGCUGGCCAUCAUCACCGUCAUCCUAGUGUGCGUCUCCACUGUUGCUAAGUUUGCCGCCCCACUGAUGAGGAGCCGAUACCAUGUGGUCGCUACCUUCCUGGGGAUUUGCUUCUUGACCAUAUUCUGGAAGAAUUUGGACCGUUUACAGUACGCCAUGGACAGGUUGCUGGUGCUCGGCUGAACAUACUGAAAUCAACAAUAACACCACACUGUCAGUUAUUAGGAUAGUCUAAGAGGAUUGGUUGUACAAUCGUCAGAGGACACGAUCGCCAUUCAUCUACAGAAGUCACUGUUUUUUUUUUUAAAGUGAAAUUUUGGUGAUUUUCUUGUCUAAACUUGAAUGUUUGUAGCUAAUAUUUCCAUUUAAUCGUGACAAUAACAUUUAUAACAGUAUAUUUUGUUAGCUCAUCACUGAUUGAUGAAAAACUAAUAAUCACAAGACACAAAAGGCCAAAAGGCAAGGGUGAAGAGAAAUGCUUUUCACCAUAAUGCAGCAACAUGGGACUCACUCUUUACCACAUUUUAAAGGAAUAGAAUCCAUAGAUCAGGCCAAAUUGAAGAAAAUGGUUAUUCUUUUCAUUUUGCCUCAGCUUAACUUUAAUAUCACUGAAAUUCUUGCAAUCUUGCACAUGGUGAAGAAGAAGGCUAAGACGAAAUGUGCUUAUUUGCUUUCUUUCUGAUAGUAAAAUGAAAAGAUCGAUACCACAGUCACAUCUGUAUGGCUACAAUCAGCUGCUUUUUAGCUUAGCUUAACAUAAACCCGUAACAUAUUGGUCCAUGAGAUCUGGAUGCUGGAAGGCUCUCUGGGCCUGUUUCUAGUCUUUUUGCUAAGUUAAGCUAACAGGCUUCUGGUAUUACCUCCAUACUUAACUAGAUUUUCUAAUCAGACUUUCACCCAAAGAGGUGAACGAGUGUAUAUAUAUUUAAACUUUGAAUUAUUGAUUUGAAUGAGGAACCUACUGAGGGCUAUUUCACAAAUAAGUGCAUGUAAAGCAAAUCCGUGGGUCAAAGUUCACUGAAGUUGAACUCCACAUGAAGCCACGUUGCGGAGGGAAUGUUUUAUCCCCCCCUUCGCUCAAACAAAUUGGAAGUGAACGGGAGAUGAAGGUUCGCACUGAUAAAUUCCCGCAUGGCACAGAGGAAAUUAGCAUCCUGUUUUCUACGUGUUUAUUUUCUUCAUUCCUUGCAGGGGUGAGGAACAUUUUUCCUUAUCAAGGGCUAUUUAAUGCGGUUGGUGCUGCACAGUCGUCUGUGUCAGAUGGUAGUGGUGAUGAUGCUCCUCGCAGGUGGUUGUCCAGGGUCUUAAGCAGAACCAAGUCUUUGCGAGAGUGAGUUUAGAAAAGAACAGUUGAGCGGUGAGAGUUUGUUGUACUUUACCUGAAGCUCCUUGUUGCUUCAACGAUUUCAUGUUGUAGUCAGUUGUCAGGCGCACCAGAUGGUUCCACAUUAAGGUGGAGUGUCAUAUCAGGCUUCUGAUCUUGUAGGGUAGGAAAAUGCACAUUCACACACAAUGCACAAUUUUACUUUUACAAUUUUAGCGGCAAGAAGGCUAUGUGUGCGUUUCAUUCUCCCUGACUGACCUGACAGGCAGCUGUAGGGGUCCCCACUGAAGGAAACGCUAGCUUUUAUUGCAGUAAAAUCGAAAUCAAAUAAAUCAGUUGCUGUCAUGAGAAAUUCUUUAUAUGAACUUGUCUGGCAGCCUGGAGGCCGAAGGUUUCCCCGCCCCUGUCUUAUGAUUGCCUUGUUUGACUUUUGUGGUCAGUCAUCUCUUAAAGUUUCUCUGUGUACUGGUCAUCGUGUUUAAAGUGCAAUAUAUUUGAUUUAAAGAAUGAUUCUUUUUAGGAGUGUGUGUGUUUAUAUGAAUGUUUUACAGUGACAGGCCGUUGGUGUUGUCUGGAGUGGGGAGAGGGGGCUGUCAUUAAUGUUUGCAUGAGAGAUCAUAACCACUGAAGAAGCCACUGCUGGUGUGUGAUGAGUCCAGCUGUCUCCUCUCUCUGGGGUCAAACAUGACUCUCACUGGGCUGGUAGCAUGGUGAUAUCAACACACGCUAGAAUCACCAGUGCAGUGAUGCAUGCAUGUGCACCCAAACAACACUUGGCUCUCUGUAUUUACAUGUCUUAUGGGUGUUUUACCCACUCUCCAUGUCUUUUACUAAUAAUGUGAUUAAGAGGCGAUGGGUUAUACUGUGAUACAAGACGUUUUCUCCGAGGAAAAAUGCAAUUCUCUUUUUUUUUUUAAAGACUCAACAAACAGCCUUCAGUGCUCUGGUGAUGACGGAGGAGCACAUUACAGUUUCUAAGUGUUGAAUUAUGAGCCUAUUUAAUGGACUGACUAAUGUUAUUUGUUUGUCUUAUGAACAUUGCCUCUAAGGAUUUCACAUGAAGCCACAGACCACUUUUUAAUGUUUGUCAGCCACUUUAACAUUGUUUGUGUCGAUGUUUGUUCUUGUCAGCGACUGUAUCAUAUUAUGUUGUUUCUGUUUUUUAACGCAGUUGAGGAAGUUUGACCUGCAGAACUACAGAUCAGGUUUACAUUCUCUUCUCAUCUCUGGUGCACUAUGUGAUCAAUCAGCCGUAUCUUCAUGCAUCAUGUGCCUUCGUCUGACAAUUUCUGUUAAAUUAAACAACCCUUUUUAAACAA